AUGACUGUGUUCAUGUUCUCCCUGGCGAUUCCUUACGACCACUGGACACAUAAGGACAAUCGCAUUGGUUUUGUGGUGAUGUACUCCUUGACCUUCUUCUUCGCAAACUUCGGUCCCAAUGCAACAACGUUCGUGGUUCCAGCAGAGAUUUUCCCAGCAAGGCUGAGAUCCACUUGUCAUGGGAUAUCGGCUGCUUCGGGGAAGGCCGGAGCUAUAAUUGGCGCGUUCGGGUUCUUGUACCUUGCGCAGAACAAGGACAAGGCGAAAGCAGAUAAAGGGUACCCUGCUGGGAUUGGAGUGAAAAACGCUCUUAUCAUUUUAGGAUUCGUCAAUUUGUUGGGAUUCAUGUUCACCUUUUUGGUGCCGGAAGCAAAGGGAAGGUCUUUAGAAGAACUGUCAAGGGAAAAUGAGGAAUACAAUGAACAAGAAAUGGAGUCAAGGGGUGACAACGUUCCAGUUCCCGUUCCCGUUCCCGUUCCAGUACCAAAUCCAGUUCCAGAAUAA